CACUCUUCAAUUCAUCUAUUAUAUUCCCUCUUGAGCUAGCUUAGUGAGUUCUUGAGAGAUGGAUUCAAAGGGCUCUAAGGUUUUCGCUCUCUUUCUUGUAAUCAACAUUUUGUUCUUCACCGCAGUAAGUGCUUGUAGCACUUGCCCAACCCCUAAACCUAACCCUAACCCUAACCCUAAUCCAAACCCUACCCCUUCACCGUCUUCCGGUGGGAAGUGCCCUAAGGAUGCCCUAAAGUUGGGUGUUUGUGCCAACCUUCUUAACGGCUUGCUCAAUGUCACCGUUGGCACGCCUCCCAAGACUCCAUGCUGCUCUCUCAUACAGGGUCUUGCCGAUCUCGAGGCUGCCGUUUGCCUUUGCACUGCCAUCAAGGCAAACAUCCUUGGCAUUAACCUUAAUGUCCCUCUCUCCCUAAGCUUGCUGCUCAAUGUUUGCACCAAGGACACACCAAAAGGAUUCACCUGCCCUUAAGUUAAUUGAUUCUUAUAUGAUUUCAAUGGUUAUUUUGAGGUUGUUUUUGCUUAUUUAGUUUGCAUGUAAGAUUUAGUUCGAGCAUGCAUGUCUUAAUUUGUUGUUG